AUGAACAAUACUCCCAUUGAUGUUCAAUCCUUUACUCAAUUACAUACUAGGCUAGAGAAUUAUUAUUCUUUAGGAAAGGGACAAGGAUUGGAAAUGAUUCCGUUCAUGGAUCGUUUAAAUCCAUUGUUGGCAUCUGAUAAGAGAAUAACUAGAAUUGAAUGUUUAAAAAUUUUGAAUAGAGAUUAUCAUAAAUUGUUAACUUGUAAUGAUCAUGAUUUUUGGGUGCUCAUGUUGAAUGAUACCUCUCUCAAGAGAAGCUUAGAAAGUGUAUUUAGAUUGUUUCCGAGACCUUUUGAUAUUGGAUUUAAUCAAAUCAAUGAAAAUUGUCCAAGGAAUGAACAACGUGAGGAAAUCAAAAUAUAUAGACGUCUCUUCAUGAUUUACUAUAGAUUAUUUAUGAACUUUAAUUUACAUGGAAAGGGAAAUAUUGACAUUUCACAUCCAACAGACUUGAAUAAUGUAAAUCGUGAAGAAUGGUUAGAUGCUGGGUUUGUCAUUUGUGAAAAGCAUUUACUAGAUGUUGGUAAAAUAUUUGAUCUCUCUUCACUUUAUGGAUAUCCUAAUUCAAUGCUUACCACCGAGUUACUUUCCAGAAUUUUCCUCUCUUCACCAAAUUAUAUGCACGAACUCAAUGAACAUGUUUUGAAUAGUAUUUGUGUUACGUGGAGAGAUUUGUUUGAUGCCUCAAACAAGGUGACUUCAAACUCAAAAUCUGAUUGUCAUCAAAUUAGAAAGUUAAUUUACUAUUUAUACGAUUCUACAUUUACCAUAAGAUCCCUCCUUGAUGUUUUCCCACUGGCGUCCUAUGCUUUCAUGGUUGACACUAGAGAAACCAAAACUCCUGUCAAUUAUCAAUUCCCUAAUCUUUUGAUGGAAUGUCACGAUAAGAUUAUACCCCAACUUUUGAGUAUUAUUGGUGAUGACCCUGAUUAUAGAUUUGUAUGCAGACAAGUCAAACUUAAUAUUGUUUCUAUUCUUCAUGUUUUGUUUAGAGAAUACUAUAUGAGAAAUAUUGAAGAUUUAAUUACUGGAGAAACUCAUUCAAAUAGAUCAACAACAAGUCAUAUGGAAACAUUGUACACUAGAUAUUUUGAAUCAUCAUUCAAGAAGGAACAAAUUCCAAAAUCUAAACUCGAACUCUUGUGUAAAUUUACUCUUGACAAGCAACUUACAAGACAAGCAACAGGAAUUGUUUUGGAAUUAUUGGACAUUUUACAAGGAUUUUUCAAAUUCCAAGCUAAGGAUCAAACUAAAUUCAACUAUGUAAUCUAUCAAUAUGACAAGUUAUAUGGUUUAGGAAAGUGGUUAGAACAAGUUAUUUUGGGAAAUGCUUUACUGAGUAGUGUCUCUUCUGUCUAUAAUAUUUCAACAACUAUUUUCACUAAAUUAUCUGAAAAUGCUCAAACAGAGGGAUCAACCAACAGUGAAGAUGAACCAGCUCUAACAGAAAUGCUCAAACAACUCAAAUCAUUCUUCCCAGAUUAUGGAAAUGGAUUCUUACAAGCAUGUCUCGAUCAUUUCAAUAAUGAUAUUACCAACACUACAAAUGCCCUCAUGGAUAAUCAAUUGCCAUUGCACUUGAAGAAGAUGGACAACAAAUUGUCACUCAAAUCCUAUAAGGCUCCAACAAAUACUGGAAGUAAGCCACCUUCAUCUCUUCUCAAUACUGGCUCAACAAGUGGAUCAUCAUCAUCCUCUUACGAACCUGCCUCACCAAUUGUUUCACCAACUGUCUGGAUGGAUACUGACUUUUUCGCAUCGGUCAGAAUUGGUAAAAAGAAGGACAAUAGAACCAACUUUAAUGAAACAGACGAAACUAUCAAGCAACGUAUUCUCCUCGAAUAUGCCUACGAUGAUGAAUAUGAUGAUUCAUAUGAUAGUGUGAUGGCUGUCACAACUGAAGGUGAACAUGAAGACGAAAACUUUAACAAGAUUAAGGUUCCAAAGGCUUACAAUAGUAAUCCAAAUCAUCAACACCACCAUGGUGAAGAAAAGCCACAAACAAUAGAGAAUAAGCCUCCUCAACAACAACAGCAACAACAAGAGAAUAAGCAGCAACAAGGCAAUAAGCAACAAGGUAAUCCAAAUAGAAACAAACAUCACCAACAACAAUCAAACAACAAUAAUCAAUCUGCCUCAACUCCAAAUACUUCUCAAUCCUCCUCAAAUAAUGCUAACGCUGCUGGUAUCGAAUCCAAUUCCAAACCUCAAAGAAAUCAAAACAACAAUAACAACAGAGGAGGAUCAACAGCUAAUAGAGGAAAGAGAGGUGGAGGCUAUCAUCAAGUGAGCACUCAUCAACAAUCCAAACAACAAUCUGCAGAUACAUCCAACCAAGGUUCAAAUGAUGCCUCGAAGCAAGUAAGCAAACAACCAACUGCUACUGCCACUAACAAGGUUGUUACCAACAGUGCUACAACUAGUCAAGAUAACAACAGUGAUACUACUUCCUCACCAAAUGAACAACAACGUGGCGGAAACAACAAUAACUUCAAACAAAAAGGAGAAAACAAGGCCAAAAGUGCUAAUCACGAUAGAAGAAAGAAGGCAGAUAAGAAGAGAAUGGUUUUAAAUUUACAAUAA